CUCCCUUUCUAUUCCCUAAUUUUUUGUCUUCAAGAAAAAGAAAAAAUAAAAAAUAAAAAACAACCCAAAAAAAAGAAGAAGAUAUAUAUUAUGCUCGCCGGUUUCUCUGUCCUGUCUCUUCCGCCGGAUAUCUGACGACCACCUCUCUCCGCCGGAGUCAACAUGGCGCCCUCUAAACCCAUGGUCAACGCUAUCCGAAUUAGCACCACUAUCGAAGCCAAACGACCCGCCGACCACCGGGAUGAUGAUGAGGGCUUCCCCGAGAGCCCCCGCGACCAGGAAUGGCCGUUCGGGAAGCUGGAAGGCCUGGACGCCGCCGAUUUCCGCGAGGCCGCGUACGAGAUAUUUUUCACGGCGUGCCGGUCUUCGCCGGGGUUCGGUGGCCGGACGGCGUUAUCGUAUUACAAUCCGACCGAAGGAGGGGGAGAUGGAAGCGGGUUCGGGGCGGGGCAGGAUUAUGGAACCGGGUCACCGAGGAAGGGGCAAGGCGGCGUGGGCAUGGCCGUGACCAGCCGCGUGAAGCGGGCGCUGGGGCUGAAGAUGAUGCGGCGGUCGCCGUCCCGCAGAGCCAGCUCCUGCGGGUCGCUGCCGACGUCGCCCAGCGGCGCCUCCGGCGGGUCCCCUAAGAUGAACUUUACCGCCGUGCCGUCGAAGGGGAGGCGGCCGAUGACCUCGGCUGAAAUCAUGAGACGGCAAAUGAAAGUGACAGAGCAGAGCGAUAAUAGGCUACGUAAAACUCUCAUGCGGACUCUUGUUGGCCAAAUGGGCAGGCGAGCAGAGACAAUUAUCCUUCCACUAGAGCUUGUGCGCCACCUGAAACCAUCGGAAUUCACCGAUCCUAACGAGUACCAUUUCUGGCAGAAGCGGCAGCUGAAGAUUCUGGAGGCGGGGCUGCUCCGCCACCCCGCCGUCCCACUCGACAAAUCCAACACCUUCGCCCAGAGCUUCAAGGACAUCAUCGAGGCCGCCGAGGAAAAGCCCAUCGACACCGGAAAGAACUCCGAGUCCAUGAGAAACCUCGUCAACUCCGUGGUUUCCCUCUCCUGGAGAAGCACCGACGGCAUGGCCACCGAUAUCUGCCACUGGGCCGACGGCUUUCCCCUCAACGUCCACAUCUACAUGGCGCUUCUCUGCUCCAUCUUCGACAUGAAAGACGAAACCUUAGUCCUCGACGAGAUCGACGAGUUACUAGAAUUAAUGAAAAAAACAUGGGCGACCUUAGGGAUGAACAGAUCGAUCCAUAAUCUGUGUUUCACCUGGGUGCUUUUCGAGCAGUAUUUCAUUACCGGCCAAAUUGAGCCGGAUCUUUUCUGCGCGUCGCUGGCCAUGUUAGCGGAAGUUGCGAAUGACGCCAAGAAAGCCGACAGGGAACCUAUUUAUGUCCAGAUGUUGGGGGAUGUUUUGACCUCCAUGAAACAGUGGUCGGAGAAGAGGUUGCUUGAUUACCAUAGGAAUUUCGACAAGGGAAAUGUUGCUUUGAUGGAGAAUAUUCUUCCCUUGGUUUUCUUGGCCACCAAGAUUCUGGAAGAGGAUGUUCCAGGCUAUGCAACCAUUGUUGAAGCUGGGAAGGAGGGCGUUCCUGAUCCCACUGCAGGGAAUCGAGUUGAUCACUGUAUCCGUUCAUCCAUGAGAAAUGCAUUUGCAAAGAUGUUGGAGGAGAAGAACAUAAACGGGGCGAUGUUCGAGACGCAAGAAAUGAGUGAAACACUGAUCAAAUUAGCAGAUGCAACGGAGGAAUUGGCGGCCAAGGAGAAGGAGAUUUUCAGUUCUGCACUGAAGAAAUGGCACCCCAUUGCUGCCGGAGUUGCAGCUGUGACACUGCACAACUGCUACGGGAAUCUGCUGAAGCAGUACAUGGGAGGCGCAAGCACAAUGGCUAAGGAGACAGUUCAAGUUUUGCAGAAAGCAGGGAAGUUAGAGAAGGUGUUGGUUCAAAUGGUGGUUGAAGACUCGGUUGAAUGCGAGGAUGGAGGGAAGGCAAUUGUCAGAGAAAUGGUUCCUUAUGAAGUUGAUGCCAUCUUUGUAGGCCAAGUUCGACAGUGGAUUCAGGAGAAAGUGAAGAUAUGGAAGGAGAAUUUGCAGAGAGCAAAGGACAGUGAGACCUGGAACCCAAAGUCAAAGACCGAACCAUAUGCACUAACUGCUGUAGAGCUAAUGAAGCAAGCCAAAGAAGCUGUGGAGAAUUUCUUUGAACUUCCAGUUAACAUCAAUGAUGAUUUAGUCAACUGUCUUGCAGAUGGCCUCGAGCAGGUCUUCCGUGACUACAUCAGCUUUGUUGCAUUAUGUGGAUCGAAACAAAACUAUAUCCCCACCCUCCCUCCACUAACAAGAUGCAGCCAAGACUCGAGGUUUUUCAGGCUGUGGAAGAAGGGUGCAUGCAGCGUCGGAGUCUACAGCGAGCACCAUUUCAUAAGCGACGGCAGCCAUGUCCGCCCCUCCACCAGCCGCGGAACGCAGCGCCUCUACAUCCGCCUCAACACCCUCCACUUCCUCCUCCUCCAGCUCCACUCCAUCGACAAAGCCUUGGCGCUCGGCCCAAGAACCGUCCAAACAACCACGCGCAACCGCCACGCCAGGAGCAGCACCACCACCGUCACCGGCACCGUCUCCUACUUCGAGCAAUCCCGCUCCGCCAUCCUCACCGGCGUCCAGCACGUCUCCGAGGCCUCUGCCUACCGCCUCAUCUUCCUCGACUCCAACUCCGUCCUCUACGGCAGCCUCUACGUCGGGGACGUCGAGAACGCGCGCAUUCACCCCGCCCUGAAAAUCCUCAAGCAGAACCUCACGCUCCUCUGCGCAAUCGUCACCGAACGCGCGCAACCCAUGGCGAUCAAAGAAGUCAUGAAGGCCACUUUCGAGGCGUAUCUCAUGGUCCUCCUAGCAGGCGGUAGCUCGAGGGUGUUUUGCCGCUCUGAUCACCAGAUGAUCGAGGAAGACUUCGACAUCCUGAAGAAGAUGUUCUGCUCCUGCGGCGGCGGCGGCGAAGGAACGAUAGUGGAAGACGUGGUGGACCGGGAGGCGGAGACGGUGGAAGGAGUGCUUACAUUGAUGAGCCAGUCGACGGAACAACUGAUUGAAGAUUUCAGCACUGUGGCCUGCGAAACCAGCGGAAUGGGCGUCGUCGGCGCCGGCCAGAAGCUGCCGAUGCCGCCCACCACCGGAAAAUGGCACAAAUCUGACCCCAAUACAAUCUUGAGAGUACUUUGUUACAGAAACGAUAAAGCUGCUAAUUUUUUCUUGAAGAAGAGUUUCCACUUAGCAAAGAGGAGGGGAUGAAAUAUUGAUCAUCAGUAAAAAUAGUUUAAUAUAUUAACAAAAUUAGAACAAAAAAAACAAAAAAAACAAGAAAAACAACUUCAAAAAACAUGCAUUUCAUAUAAGAUUUCAGGUGAUUCCUGUCUGACCAGGAUGUAAGGUCCGGGAUAAGGGAAUUUCAUGUUUUGUGAGCAAGACUUCAGAUGAUUGAUGAUAAUUUUCUGAGAUGUAUCAUCAAAACAUUUUGUGUUUGAGAGAGCAUUGUACUGAUAUAAUUUUUGUCUUCCUUUUGUCAUAGAGGUAGGCAUUAUUAGCAGAAUGAUAAUAAAAAAGCAUUUGUAUGUUGUCAGUUUUUUGCGUAUAAUUGCUUAGAUGAUUUCUUUAAUUUAA